CAAACGGUCGUCGAGGACUUCCACCGCCGGUAAUGGUGGAAAACUGAGUGCGUGAGUGUGUGUUCUUCAAGGGAAACGCGAAAUUCUCCGUCCAAACAGCAGCAACAAUUACAACUACAACUACAACUACAACCAACAAGCAAAAGCCGUAGUUCCUGCGAGACCCACAAGCCGCAAAACCGAAUCAUUAAUAAAGAAAAGCCCAGCCGUCGACAAUAUUGUGCCGCGGUUGCCCCAUGUUGACACGGCUUAAAUGGGGCAUUAAGUGCUCGGUGCUCGGUGCUCAGUGCUCAUACAUGCCAUUGCCGCUAAUCAGAAGUGCAAAAAUCCCACGUUGGAUUCCAAACCCCACCCCAACCCCAAAAAAAAAGGAUUAAACUCCGGAUUCACGUCAGCACAUCACACAUUGAAAAUCCUGCGUGGACAGGCGUAAAGCUGAUUGCCCGGUGAUAUGAGUAUAAGAACGGGACUUUAACGAAGAUAAAAUUGAACAGAGUCUAAGGGAGAAGGAGAGAUAAGAGAGGAGAGAGGAGAUAGAAGAAAGGAGUGUGGAGUGACCAGCAACAGAAAAGUGGACAAAGUGACAGGCGAUAGCCACAAAACAACACACGAGAGAGGAGAAAAGAGGUGAGAGGAGGAGGAGGAGUAGGAGGAGGAGAGCAGGACCAGUUGACAGGAGCUCAGCCAAUAAAAGCCAACCAAACUCAGUCUGGGCCAAAUUUGGACACACUGAUGCAUACAGCCAGAGGAGGAAGAACUCCAGGAGUGGCAGAAUCAGAGGAAGGCAUCAGCAACAGAAACAGCAACCGCAGCAAAACAAAACUGGAAAAGUUGGUCUGAAACAGUCCGCUCAAAGGGGAAAAAGAGGAACAGCCAGCGGAAGCCGAGGCUGAAAAGUUCCCAAAUUUGGUAGACAAACCUCUUUCUUGCUGUCUCUUUCCCACUUCCAACCGGAACAGUUAGCAGCAGUUGGAAUUUGAUUUUAACGCUUAUUCGAGAGCUUGGGAUCUUUUCUGAGCCCUGUGUUUGUGGCACCAGCAACUGACAACCAUCACCAAGGCAGGAUCCACUGGCAGCCGAAUUAAAAUCAGCACCAGGACAACUUCACCCCGGAAAACUCCGCCCCUGAACUCCCACUUCAAAUCCACGCCUCAAUGACUUCACAUUGAGAUUGGCUGUCAAAGGGAAGGAUCCGGAAAAGGGAGCAGGACGAAGUGGGGCUGUGGAAAUGUUCGCCACUUGCGGCGACACAUGCUCUGACAAUUUAUCGACUCCUCGCAGCACCCAAUAAACCAAAGACCGCUCCACCAUGGGCCGCUUCCCCCCGCCCCUCCCACUCCUAUUUCUAUGCCUGAUGUCCACUUGGCGGACCCCUUCGGUCAGCGGCUAUCUGAACAUUUUCAUCAGCCACCACGAGGUGAUGAAACUGAUGGGACUCGAGGCGGACCUGUUCUAUGUGCACGAGGGAGCCAUCAACACAUACGCGAUGCACUUCACCGUUCCAGUGCCCGCGGACGUCCACGAGCUGGAGUUCUCCUGGCAGAGUCUCAUUGCCUAUCCACUGCGCUAUGCCAUUAGUAUCGAGUACAACAACGACCAGGAGGCACUGGGCACGCCCACGCUGAGUAUUCCGCACAAGGGCCUGGUGCCGCAGGAUAUCGAGUCCUUCCUGGUCUAUCUGCCCUGCACCGGCAAUGUGAGCCUGCAGAUGCCCGUCAAUGUCAACAUGGUGGUGCAGGCUCCUCCCCGAUUCAACGACACCCGACUCCACUUCAAGCGCAACAAGAUCUGCGCAAAAGGCAUCUCACCUGAGCCCAAUCAAUCGCCGGCACCCGCCCACGCCCCCUCCCAGGGACCCGCCCUCCUGAGUGCCGCCGCCUGUGCUUUGGGUCUGGUUUUGGCCGUCGGGCUGGUGGCCAGCAUGAUGUAUGUGAGGGCUCGCAAACAGCUUCGCCAGGACUCGCUACACACCAGCUUUACCACCGCGGCUUAUGGCAGCCACCAGAACGUGUUCAUCCGCCUGGAUCCCCUGGGCAGACCACCCAGUGCCACGGGAUCCUAUGCGACCAUUGCCAGCCUCAACAAAUACCCAGCGGACAGCAAGAAGUCAUGCAGCAUAUUCGACCGUUUCAGGAGCUCACCCACCCCCACGCCUUACGCCACUGCCCUGCUGCCCAUGAACCUCGAACAGACCGCAGAGACGAUUUACUCGAAGCCAGAGUCGAUCUGUCCCUCGAGGAUUUCCUACUACGCCUCCUCGCAACUGACCCAGGCGUGCAGUUUGUCGACGCCGAAGAGCAUCCGGAGCAAUGGCAAUGGUCAUUGCAACAGCGGCAGUGGCAGUCUGAGUCUUUUCGGGGGCAUCCCCACCGGCAGCACCAUCACGAUGGGCAGCCACGGGGAGAAGGGCAACCAGCGACUGCGCCGCAUUCCCAGUGUCCAGCCGGGUGCCCUCAGUUACGAGGAGCUGGUCAAGGAGGGCACCUUCGGCAGGAUCUUCGCCGGCAAGCUGGGCGAGUCCUGCGAGGCACUGGUCAAGACGGUCAUCGACGGGGCUUCGCUCACCCAGGUGGCCUAUCUGCUGCAGGACGCCUCGCUCCUGAUCGGAGUCAGCCACCAGCACAUCCUGGCACCGCUGCUGGCCAACACCGAGCUCCCGGGACCGCCGGAGAUCGCCUAUCCCUAUCCGUCCAAGGGCAAUCUAAAGAUAUACUUGCAAAAGUCGCGCGAAUCGAGCACGGCACUGAGUACCCGCCAGCUAGUUGAGUUUGGACUGCACAUCACCAAGGGAUUGGCCUACCUGCACUCCCUGGGAAUCGUCCACAAGGACAUUGCCACACGCAAUUGCUACCUUGACGAAGAGUCCUAUGUGAAGAUCUGCGACAGUGCCCUGUCCCGCGAUCUAUUCCCGGACGACUACGACUGUCUGGGCGACAAUGAGAACCGCCCGCUGAAGUGGCUGUCGCUGGAGUCGCUCCAGAAGCGGGUGUAUGCCACACAGGGCGAUGUGUGGGCGUUGGGCGUGACCUACUGGGAGCUGGUCACACUGGCCCAGAUGCCGCACGAGGAGGUGGAUAUAUUCGAGCUUACCAAUUACUUGGCUGCCGGCUUUCGGCUAGAGCAGCCCGUCAACUGUCCAGAUGAAUUCUUCACCGUCAUGAACUGCUGCUGGCACAGCGAGGCCAAACAACGACCCACGCCCUCACAGCUGCUCUCGUAUCUGCAGGACUUCCAUGCGGAUCUGGGCAUGUACAUCUAAGCGAGACGAAGGACUGACGACCGGGAGCCAAGUGAAGUCAAGCGGAGCGAAGCCUAAGAUAAAUUAAUUGAAACUUUUGCAUUUUAAAUGUGAGAUUAAAUGUGAAUUUACCUGUUAGAGUUUGGCGCAAAACCAAUUACAAUGAAAGCCAGCUAACUUCAGAUACGUAAGCAACACGCAGAUACACACACACAAGUACACUGGGGUGGACCUAAAUGAGUUAUACAAAAUCUAAUCUCUGGAUGUGUAAUGAAAAAUAUAUUUUAAGCCUGCGGAAAGGCAAAGAACAUCAUGAAAAUAAGGUGUAUAAAUUAAGAUCACACUGCGCACAAGUGAUAGAUUAUAUGUAAACAUCGAAUAUUCUAGGGCCGCAGCUGCAUAUAAGUGGGAAAAUAAAAAAAAUAAUUCACUGCACUUAAAGCGUAUACACGGCGUAUGAGUGAUAAUGUCUGCAACCAACUUAUUGCCCCUAAAACGUGCACAUGAGCAAACUAAAUCUAACUGAGUCACUGCUUUUAAGGAAUAUAAACAAGUGAUACAAGUUUUAAGCACCUCACUCCGCGUAAAGAUUACAUGGCAUUAGCUAGGCCACACUGCGUAUGAGUAAUAUGCAAGACCAACUCACGGCCCUUGAAAUCCAAAGCACUACAAAAGUUAGAUAGCAACUCAGGUCCACCCAAUAAUAUAACAGUUUGUGGCUAUCAAUUUUCAACGCGAUGACACAAAGCCUGGCACGAAAUGGCCCCCAGGCAGCACGUGGGUUAAGCGUUAGAUAAAUCUGACAUUUAAGUAGUUAGCAAUUGAAUAACAAACACUCACACGCAGAGCAACACACACACACACACGUACACUCGCAGACACUAACCUUACAUGAUAAAUGAAUGUGAAUUAUUGAUGUGCAUAUUUUAUUGAAUGUGUGUAGAGUAAGCAAAGGACGAAGGAUUGAACGGGGAGAGAUGCGACAACAGGAUGCGGAAUCUUUUGUUCACGAAUGUUGUCCUCGAUUGUUAUGAAAGCGAUAUAUUUAUUUACCUUGAUUAUUAUUAUUACUAUGGCGUAUGUCAUAAGGGAGGAAGUUCAAAGCAGAAUCUGAAUCAGGUGAAAAGCAAAAACAGCAAAUGUUAAACCGAUGGCAAACAACCGAUAAACAUUAUUCACACCCACUCACACACAAUUACACACAGUUGCAUGCGUAGAGGUCCCUUAACACCUUGAUAACCAAAACCCUUACUCUUUAACCCUCUUCUCGCUCCUCGCUCGCAUAUCGCACUAAUUCCGUUUUGGAGAACCUUGUCGCAAUCGUUUCGUUGCUCAAUUAUUUCGAUGUCAAAGGACAGGGGAAUAAUCCAAGCUCCUGACAGGCCAAGCCAUCAAAAAUGCAGAUGCAGCUGGGUUUUCGCUCAGUGCAUUUGCAGCUUGUAGUGCCUGCAUUUGUUUUCCGAGCUGUCAUUUGGCCCCAAUCCGAGCCAAAAUCUCCAGCUUAAGACGUCCUUGCUGUUUGUUUAUGCCUUUUAGUUGAAUUAGCCAAGAAUUGUUUCUGUUUCUGUUUCCAUUUCCCCAGAGUUAUGUAUUAAUUUGCAUUUCCGUUAGCCAAGUCAGGCGACAACUUAAAGUUGUCAGGCCCCAAAAGAACCCCACCCCAGAAUAACACUAGACAAAUAUACUGGGAUGGAUGAAGGUGUGCUUUAAAGGUUUUACUGAUGUUGAAGCAAUAAUUUUGAUUUUAACUACAGCACACCUUCGCCUAUCCCAAUAUAUUGUCAAAGGUCAGUGUAAUUAAUAGCUAAUGCAUUGCCGUCAACAGAAGGCCAUCACUUAAACGUAGUUUAAAUGUUCUCUGUACUAAUUAAACACAAAAAUAAAAUCAGCAAAGAAAAGAAAACAAAAAAACAGUCACGCACCGAAAUAACUAAGGAUGAAAUAGAAAAUAGUUCCAGACCAGCAGCUGCUUAUUCGUCUAGCUACGUAAGCUCUUUCCAUAUGUUUUAUUCUUAAGCUUCGCACUCGACUAUGAAAACGUUACUAAAGCAAAUACCGAACUGCAAACUAUCUCUGCAUUUAAUAAAUACCCCAAAAAGGCAGCCGGGCAGCUCAUAAACACACACAAACACACUAACAUAUAACACAUACAGACAACUGUACACACACCUACAAUUAUCCUGUGGAGACAAACAAAUUUCAAAUAGAUUAGAAAGCUAAGGAGACGGAGCUCUUGAAUCAAAGGAGCGGCCCACUACUAUAACUAACUGAAUGUGUUUCAUGUUUAUAUAUGUGUACGUGAGUGUAUGUCUAUGACUAAACGUAUAUUUUGUCGUCAAAUUGAAAACUAACUGUAAACGCUAUUGAGAGGCAAACAAAACGAAUACCAGCAAAUGUGUAAAGCCCGGAAGGAAAAGGCUAAGGCACACACACACACAGACAGACACUCACACUCCAACACACACACCCACACACACACCCAGAUACCCAAAAACCACAAAGCAAAACAAAUUGUCAUUCACUCUGCAUAUGUCUCACUCUUUAACUCUAUAUAGAUGUAUCUCUGUAUCCUACUUUUAGAUAUACUCUAGCGUAUGAUUGUAUGUGUAUACAGAAACUCGAAACUAAUGCGUUUUCGUGUGGAAAAAAAAACAAAAACAAAACAAGAAGGAAUAUCUGCUAAGACACACAAACACUCGAAACGCCCUCACACCCUUUAAGAACCCCCCCACCCACACCCCACCCCUCUAUCUAUCCAAGCGCUAUUAUAACGAUGGAAGUGGGCGUGGCACUAAGACAAAGCUAAGAAGCAAAACGACAACUGAAAGCAGAAAUUCAAUUUUUGUGAA